AUGGCUUCUCAGAUGAAAAUUGAACGCAUGAUCCACGAAGAGGGCUCUGGCGUAAACUUUGGAGCUCACAUCUCCAAUGUGGAUUUGGAAAGCGCAUCAGACACCGACAUUACUAUUCUUGCAGAGGCCUUCUACAAGUACCAGGUCCUGGUGCUGAAGAACCAGCAGAUUUUGUCACCACGAGCCCAGUACGAAUUCACCGAACGUCUCAACUCGGCUGCUUCAAUGGGCCACGGCAAUAAGCACAACCCCAAGAGAUUCCUCUUGAGCCCGGACCUCAACACUGUUCCCCAUCAACCACAGGUACAGAUCAUCGGCAACGGCUUCGUGCCCGAGCACCAAGGUGCGAAAAAUCUCAGACUGCAAUAUCCACAUCAUCGCUCGUCGCACCCCACCACCAUUGCUGACGAAGACGACGUGGAAUUCACUCGCUUCUACCGCUGGCACAUCGAUGCCGCUCUGUACGACGAUGCGCCUCCUGUUGCCACGACUAUUCUGGCCGUCACGCUGCCCAAGAGACGCAUGCAGACGGUGCGCUACGACGACGGCACAGGGGACGAACUGUCAGUUCCACUCGGUACAAUUGCGUUUGCUAAGGACAAGGCAUUUGUCCGAUCAACGAGGGUCGAGUAUGCUGCUCAUCCGUACAUCUGGAUGGGUCGAGCCAAGUCGCAUCCCACAGGUCUGGGCCUCAUCUCUGAGGGCAAAGAGCUGGACGACGAACAACUGCCGCCUGUCGAUCCAACCUCGAUCCAGAUCCUCCCCAUGUGCUGGCGAAACCCCGUCACGAACCGUCUUGCGCUUCAGGUCCACGCAGCUGUUGCACGGCGGCUGCAUCUUGCGAACGGUGAAGUGAUUGAUGACUUGGAACGAGUUCGUGACAUCUUGUAUCGGCUGCAGAGACCUGGAAUUGCACCACAGUUAGUGUAUGCGCAUGACUGGGAAGAGGGGGACUUUGUGAUUUUCCACAAUCGGGGCCUUCAGCACUCGAUUGUCGGAUCGCUGGCGGAAGAUGAAGUCAGAAUAAUGAGGCAAUGUAUUAUCGCGGGGACUGAGAUGCCUGAGGGGCCAGAGGAAGUUGUGUUGUAG